AUGGGAGAAAAGAAGGCUUGCCCCGAUGAGGCAAUCUUAAUAGACAUUCCAGAGGACUUGGAACCUGACCUGAACUCUACAUGUUGGAUCCACAGAGUUCGUAGGAAGCUCCGUCAGGUACAUGAAGCAGCUUACACUCCCCAGCUAAUUUCCAUAGGCCCUUUUCAUUACGAUGAACCGAAACUGAAUGCCAUGGAACAGCACAAAACCAAAUAUCAUGAUCAAUUCUGGAAACGGGACUUCAGUAAACAUAUUAGGGAUAAUGACAUCAGAGACUUCAUCGAAGAAGGGGCUCGCCGAGAACGAAUCUGGUGUAGCUAUGCAGGGAGCUUUGAGCUUAGGAAUAAUCGGGACAUGUUCUUCCGGGUUAUUCUACGAGAUGUCUGCUUCGUCUUUGAGCUAUUUUUGAGAAACUAUGAACAUGUGCUUGAUAAUAAUGACAAGCCUGAGGAAAUGAAGAAGGACAUACAGGACUACAUAUUGAAAACUCCAUGGCUAAGGAAAGCUAUAGAGCUGGACUUGAUAAUGCUCGAAAAUCAGCUCCCUUAUUUUAUUUUCACAGAAUUAUUUGACUUCAUCCUCAAAAAACAGCCAGAAAAUCAAGGGAAUAUGAAUAUCCCUCCUUAUCUAUCAAAACAUUGGAAGGAAAGCGAAUCCCAUGAUUUCUUUAUUAGGAUUACAUGUGAAUUCUUCAUUGAUUAUUACAGGAAUGGAAAAGCUACAAUAAAGAAGCCAGGAGAAGUGGAAUUGCAACAGUUGAACGAAAUCAAACAUUUCACUGAUUUGGUCAGACAGUUCAUGUGUCCAGAUAGUGGGUAUCCUCGAGGUCCACAUGUCAAAACCAAAUGUCUAUACACUGCAAAACAACUGGAUAGAGCAGGGGUGAACUUUGUGCCGAGUGAAGACCAUUCCUUAGCUGACAUACACAGAACAAAGGUUACAUACAACUGUUUCUGUAUAGGUUGGAAGUAUUUGAAACUGAAGGUUCCUAAACUCAAGAUAGAAGACGACACAGAAUGCCUUACGAGAAACAUUAUGGCUUUGGAGCAGUGUCUUUAUCCAUGUGAGGCUCACAUAUGCAAUUAUAUUUCGCUGCUGGAUCAACUUAUCAACACUGCUGAAGAUGUGGAAUUACUGGUUGAGAAGGAUGUUGUUCAGAACUUUCUAGGCAGCAAUGAUGCAGUUGCCAAUUUGUUUAACAAAAUCUGUGACCAAAUUGCAGAAACAUCUUUCUGCUAUGGAACCCUCUGUGAAGAUCUUAAUGACCACUAUAACAAUCCGUGGAACGUUGCAAAAGCGACCCUUAAAAGCGUCUACUUUAAGGAUAUUUGGACUGGGAGUUCCUCUAUCGUUGCUUUUUUUGUCCUUGUAUUCUCAAUUGUCUCGGUCAUUGCAACCAUCAAGGAUUUGUUCUUCUAA